GGUAGUUCCCUGAACUUCGGCAAAGUCAUCAACAGUCAAUCAAGAUUAUCCUCUCCGCUCUCUCGACAUCGUAACCUUCCUCAAAAUGGCGACUCGAAGCGCAGCUCUCAAGCUUGACUGGACCAAGGUCACCAGCUCCCUCGGUCUCCGUGGCCAGACCGUUGCCUCCCUACAGGCCUUCAAGAAGCGCAACGAGGACGUCCGCCGCAAGGUUCAGCAGCUCCAGGAGCAGCCCACCACCGUCGAUUUCUCCCAGUACCGAUCCGUCCUCAAGAACCAGGCUAUCAUCGAUGAGAUCGAGAAGCGAUUCAGCGCCUUCAAGCCUGUCACCUACGAUGUCAGCCGACAACUGAAGGCCAUCGACGCUUUUGAGGCCGAGGCUGUCAAGAACGCCGAGGCUACCAAGGAGGCCGUUGACCUUGAGCUCAAGGAUCUUGCCGCUACUCUCAAGAACAUUGAGGAGGCCCGACCAUUCGAGGAACUCACUGUCGACGAGGUUGCCGCUGCCGAGAAGUCUAUCGACGAGAAGACUGCUCAGCUCGUUUCCAAGGGCCGAUGGAUGGUGCCAGGAUACAAGGAGAAGUUUGGCGACUUGGCUGUGGUUUAAACGAAUCGCGAUAUACCUUUUCCGGCUUCGCGUUGUGUACUCUAGCAUUGUAGAUACGAGAUCCCGAGGGAGAACCCGGCUUGUCUCAUACCCAAUCCGCUACAAUUUUUCCUCUGUGCUUCAUAAUGAAUUCUUAUUAGGAUAUUGAGAAUGCGGUUCGAUGUGAAGCAUAGUGUUCAGGUUCUCAGUUCCCAGACUAACCUUAGACUUCUCAAAUUUAUGUCUCUUAAUUGCCCGUUUCAAACCGAGCAUCCUUGGUCUUUGUUCUCGCCACCUUCAGCUGCUGUUUGAGGACUAAUUUUGGAAUGAAUCUUCACUCCUUCGUCGAUGUGUGGCCCAACACCUAUCGGGUAUGAAGACAGUUUUUUCAGGAGGUUGAACAAUACGAGGGAGGCAUAGGCCGAAUUCCG